CAGGAUGUACUGGUACCUAAAUACGUAGUAAAAGACUAGACUAAGACUAGAAUUAGAACUCUGCCUGGGAGAUAGGGUGGAAGAAUGACAUCUUGUAGUUCUGCUAAAAAGGUCGUGCUGUGGACUGCUCCGCGAAGUGGUUCGACGGCGUUUGAGCGGUCAAUACGCACAUUAGAAGGAGUGAGAGUAUUCUUCGAGUAUUAUACAGAAGCCUAUUACUGCGGAAAAGAUAGCAUCAGUGAACGAUACAAAGGCAAACCUCCAGUUGAGGGCCGUACAUUCAAGGAAGUGCGAGACACAUUAGAGGGAACUUUUCCAGAAUUCGGCGGCGUAUUUUUAAAAGACCAGGCUUACUGCAUCACGGACAAUAUACAGUUCCUCCCUGUAGGAUACCGUCACACUUUCUUGAUACGCAAUCCGUGCAAUUCGGUAAGAUCGCUGUAUAAGCUGACAGUAAAUGGCACGGUGCCUGAAUGGUCAACUUUUUGUGCCGAAGAAGUAGGAUUUCGUCAAAUGUGGGAAUUGUACGUUCAUAUUAAAGAUAAACUUGGUCAACAGCCAGUAGUGGUAGACUAUGAUGAUUUAUUGAAUAACCCGCCAGCAGUGAUGCAGCGGUACUGUCACGAGGUAUGCUUUGAAUAUACAGACAGUAUGCUACACUGGGAGGCUGGUCCAAUCGAAGGUUGGGGCGACUGGGAGAAGGAGUGGUUUGCUACUCUCAUUACCUCAACUGGCUUUAUCAAAACAACGAAAGACGCCAAUGCAGCUAGAGAUAUGGAUAAUCUACCCAUGGAAGUAACAAAAGCGAUUGACGAGGCAUGCAUUUUCUAUCAAAAACUAUAUAACUGUCGAAUUGAAGUUUAAAAUCUACCUUGUUUAGUGACGGCGGUGGUCGAAUUUCAAUCCAGUCCCUAAGCUGUC